GAGAGGUUGAUAUGGAAAUACAGUAAAAGAAUAUGGUGCACCACAUGAUCCUUCAUCAUCAUCAUCUUCUACAAAAACCAUUGCAACACAAUCAUCCACUCUCUCUUCCCACUUCAUAAUUGCAUGCAUAUUCCCAUGGCGAAACCCUAGGAGCUCAUAGCAGCAAGGUAAAUAUUGGUUGGAUGGCUUGUUUGAGCAACGACGCUCGCUUUACUCUGAUCCAAAUGCUCUCGACCCGGAACAAAGAGGAAUCUCCUCCCGAUAACUACGGGCCCAACCCGCCGGCGGCCAUGGCUGAGUUCCGGCUGGAAAAAGUCUUCCCGGUUUACGCAGUCGGAGUUUCGGAGCCCGACCCGAACCUGGUAGUCUCGCUCGCCAAUUCGGGUAGUGGAGUUGGCGACCCUAUCUGGGAUGCCGUUCGAGAAGAAGCCAAGUCAGAGGCAGAUAAGGAGCCCAUAUUAAGUAGCUUUCUAUAUGCAAGUAUUUUGUCGCACAAUUGCCUGGAGCAGGCGUUAGGUUUUGUUCUUGCGAACCGGCUGCAAAAUCCCACGCUUUUGGCAACACAGUUGUCGGACAUAUUCUGUGGUGUAAUGUUGCAUGAUCGAGGGAUCCAAUGUUCCAUUCGAAUGGAUAUACAAGCAUUCAAAGAUAGGGACCCCUCUUGUUUGUCAUACUGUUCUGCUUUAUUGUACCUUAAGGGUUACCAUUCGUUGCAAACACAUAGAGUUGCACAUGCAUUGUGGAAUCAAGGGCGCAAAGUCCUGGCACUGGCAUUGCAAAGUCGAGUCAGUGAGGUUUUUGGGGUUGACAUUCAUCCAGCUGCACAAAUCGGAGAGGGCAUCCUUCUCGAUCAUGCUACAGGUGUAGUCAUUGGUGAAACUGCCGUCAUUGCAAAUAGAGUUUCAAUAAUGCAGGGUGUGACCUUGGGAGGCACUGGGAAAGAAAUUGGCGAUCGCCAUCCAAAAAUAGGCCAAGGUGCACUUAUUGGAGCUAGUGCAACUAUCCUUGGGAAUAUAAAAAUAGGAGAAGGUGCGAUGAUAGCCGCCGGUUCACUUGUAUUAAAAGACAUUCCUCCCCACAGCAUGGUGGCGGGAAUUCCUGCAAAAGUGAUUGGUUAUGUAGAAGAUCAAGAUCCAUCUUUGACAAUGAAACAUGAUGCUAGCAAAGAAUUUUUUGAACAAAUUGCUGGACGGUUCCCUGCAAUGUGAUUCGACGGAAGUGUUGGGUCAUAUGCAGGCUAGGGAGGAAGGAUUCAUGAAUGCAGAUAACUGCAUUUCCCUGCUCGCUUCAAUGGGGGUGAAAAUGAUCUUGGGUUUUCACCUUGGUAAAUAUAGGGUGAUGAAGAAAAAUAAAAGAAUAAAGGCUGUUACAGAUUGGACACUGCACUAAUCAUUUGUAUUUUCUGCAAAAGAUGAUGUACUUUUUAUUCCAGUGGAUAGCUGCACUUCUCCCUUUUCUGUAGUAUAGUUGAUGCAAUGUUAAUGGGCAAAUUAUUCUGUGGACUAAGGUCCAAAGUACACAAUUUACAUAUUGAAUGUUCACAAGUUAUACACCAAUUUGAGACUCUCAUCAUAGUGAAGCAAAUAAAUGUGCAAAUUAGAUGA